AUGGCUCUUCACCAGUACGAUUAUAUCUUUGCCAUUGGCACAAUCUUCGCGUUCCUUGACGCUUGGAACAUUGGUGCCAACGAUGUCGCCAACUCUUGGGCCACAUCGGUCUCAUCCCGAUCCAUCUCAUACAUCCAGGCCAUGUCUCUUGGUUCCAUUCUCGAAUUCGCCGGCUCCGUCGGUGUCGGUGCCCGUGUAGCCGACACCAUCCGUACCAAGAUUGUCGAUAUUGACAUGUUCGAGAACGACCCUGCUCUUCUCAUGCUUGGAAUGUGCUGCGCCGUUACUGCCUCUGCUAUGUACCUCACCUUCUGCACCAAGAUCGGUCUCCCUGUCUCCACCACCCACUCCAUCAUGGGUGGUGUCAUCGGUAUGGGUGUUGCCCUCAUCGGCGCCGAGAACAUCCACUGGACCUCGGCAAGCGGCAGCAUUGACUCUGGUGUUGUCUCUGUCUUCCUCGCCUGGAUCAUCGCUCCUGGUCUCGCUGGUGCCUUCGGUGCCAUCAUCUUCACCAUUACCAAGUACGGUGUCAUGCUCCGCAGAAACCCUGUCAUGAAGGGUCUCAUGCUCGCCCCCGUCUACUUCGGUAUCACCGCCUCUCUGCUCACCAUGUUGAUCGUUUGGAAGGGUGGUUCCAUCAAGGUAACCUUCAACGACGCCGAGACUGCCGGUAUGAUCGUCGGUGUUGGUGCCGCAUGGGCUCUUAUCAUCACCAUCUUUUUGGUCCCGUGGUUGUACCGCAUCGUCCUCAAGGAUGACUGGCAGCUCCGCUGGUACCACAUUGCCCUCGGCCCUCUUCUUCUCCGCCGCCCUGAGCCUCCUCUCCAGCCCGAAGGAGCUGCCGGUGGUAUUCGCGACUUCUACGCUGGUCACAUGACCAAGGAGGAGCUUGACGCUGCCCGUGGCGGUGUUGUCCAGACCCACAGCAACGAUGUUGAGUCUGGCUCCGCCGACGGCGAGAAGAAGAUUGUCCAGGACAACGCCGACGCCGAGGCUCAGACUCCCCGCCCCCGUGCUGACUACGUCCACAAGCCCAUCGUCGGCCCUCGCCCCGAGGGUGCCUGGCACACCGGUCCCGUUCUCUUCUGGUUCGUUAAGAAGGUCUUCCUGUCCGGUGUCGACCAGGACAUCGUCAACAUGCAGAAGAAGGAGAGCGUCCUCACCGGUGACUUGGAGGAGAUGCACGCCCGCGUUCAGCACUACGACAACAAGGCCGAGUUCCUGUACUCCUUCAUGCAAGUCAUGACUGCCUGCACUGCCUCCUUCACCCACGGUGCCAACGACGUCGCCAACGCCAUCGGCCCCUACGCCACCAUCUACCAGAUCUGGAACACCGGCAAGCUUUCCGGAAGCAAGUCCGAGGUCCCCAUCUGGAUUCUCUGCUUCGGUGGUGCCGGUAUUGCCCUCGGUAUCUGGACUUACGGAUACAACAUCAUGCGCAACCUCGGUAACCGCUUGACGCUGCACUCCCCCGCUCGUGGUUUCUCCAUGGAGUUGGGUGCUGCUUGCACCAUUAUCCUGGCCACCCGUCUUAAGCUCCCCGUCUCUACCACCCAGUGCAUCACUGGUGCCACCGUCGGUGUCGGUCUGUGCUCUGGUACCUGGCGCUCCAUCAACUGGCGCAUGGUUGGCUGGAUCUACAUGGGCUGGAUCAUCACUCUGCCCACUGCCGGUAUUAUCUCGGGUUGCUUGACUGGCCUCAUCGUCAACGCCCCCCGCUGGGGCAUGGCCAGCUAA